UCCUCUGCUGCUGACAUGGACUCCUCCUGGACUCUGUUUUCUCCCACACACGGACAAUACUCUGUCUGAAUGUAACCUUUGAUCUUUUCCGUUUUCUUCUUCUUUUUCUGUUCUUUUUUUUUUUGUUUGUUUGUUUGUUUUAUUUUUUUCUUCCCUCCUCCACUGGUGAAAGUGUUAGUGGGGGGUAAUGGCUUGGCCGUGUAUCAGCAGAGUGUGCUGCUUGGCUCGCUUCUGGAACCAGUUCGACAAAUCGGACUUGUCCGUCCCGCUCACCAUCCAGAACUACUCGGACAUCGCUGAGCAGGAGGUGCGGUCUGUCACCAAACAGGUUUCCGCCUCGGAGCGCGCGCCCGGGAAUAACUACUCAACCCCGGAGCAGCGUGCAGCCACCGGCUCCCCACACGCGCCCGCAGAUGGAGCAGGGAACAGGGGAUCUUUCCGGGCACGGAAGGAGCCCAGUUACAAGCCCCGGGAGGACUACCACCCUCCCGGAGUGCCUUUCCCCAGCGUCACACAAUACAAGCAGGAUUUCAAACCUUGGCCAAUUCCCCGUAAGGAGAACUUCCCCUGGAUUAGUAACGGGGGCAGCAGGGCGGACAGUGUUCCGGACAGCCCGGUGAACAGUUACCACCCUGGGGAGAGAGAGGAGCGGGGCAAAGGGCAGAGGUGGGGGGAGCAGCAGGUGACGGAGGAGAGAAAAACUAGCUCCUACAGGCAAGAGUACAGGCCGUGGACGGGGGCGAAACCAGCCAAAAGUGCUAGGAAAACCCCUCCAGCCCAGUACUCCAGCCCUGGUACAGAGGCCACCGAGGUCCCACGUGAGACCAGCUACCAGGCUGCCUACAGCGGGGACUUUCACAGCAGGUCUAUGGGUCUGAAUCAGGGGGAGCAAAUCAUCCCGUCUGCUAGCACAAAUAUACAACCUGCUGCUGUCCCACCUCCCAUCCCCGCUGCCCUGCAGGCCUGCAGUUCACAAACCCCCACCGGCUUCCAGCAGGGCGUCCUGCCUGAGAGGACCGAGCUCAGUGUGAUGACCAGAGGAGAGGAACAUCUGGUGAGGACCAAGCUCCCUCCAAACCCCUCUGCUGUCUUUCAAAGUGGAUCCAGGGUCUUCAACAUCUGAUGCUUUUCCAACCAUUCCACUUUAAUGGGUUUUAGUUUUCAAAGGAAUCAACAGGGGAAUGAUUUCAGUCCAUUCCACAACACAAGAAUCUAUGCAAGGGAAUGUAACGUUGAGGCCUGCAGUGCUGCAGCAUGCAGACAGAGACACAGAACAACCCCCCACUUUACCCUCUGGACCCUGUUGAUAUGAAAACAAAUAUGCAUGUCACAAAAUAGUUUGUUUCUGCAGCUAUAGAUGCACAAAUAACUGGCUGCUCUGUUUGUGUGUGUGGGUUUGUGUGUGUGCACCUGCUGAUUAGUCCUUUUGUUGUAUCGUCUGCUCUGAUAAUGAAUGAUGUGGAUGGUCAUUAAAUGCUUAGAGUACUCUCUUGGCCCUUGGUGUUGCUAGAAAAUCUGCUUGAAAAUAUGUUAUUUAUUUACUGGGUAUUCAAUUAGUUUGCUAUUUUGAGAAAGUGUUGUUAGGUUUUAUCAUUUUGUAAAUCUAUUGUUGAAGGAGAAGAGGAAUUAUACAAAAUGUUAGUGAAAAUAAAAUAAAAGAAUAUUAGGUUCUUAGCACUUUCUAUCAGACGUUGUUCAGCUCUUUUUCUUUCUUUGCAUUACA